ACUGCACCGCAACGCAGCCGAGCCCAUCAUGUUCAUAUACCUCGCUCCCCCGGCGGCCCUGCAAGCCUUCUUUUCCUAUCCUUGGUCGGACACAGGUGUUGCAUUCACUCUCGUUUUUCGUCAUGCUGUUGUCGUGCUGGGCAUGGUCUGCAGUUCUGCUUUUCNNAUCUUCCGUUAUCUGCGACUUGUAGUUAAUUUGAUCUCCAAUUGGACAUACAAACCGAUUCCCAUACCCGAAAAGCCCUUCUACACCAACAAAGAUGUCACUGUCAUCAUUCCGACCAUUGAAGGGGAAGGGGAAACCCUCUGUCGCACUAUCAAAACGUGUUUGGCAACACAGCCAUUCGAGAUCAUCAUCGUCACUAUCGAUGCCAGCAUAAAGAGGGCCGAAAGAACUGUUGCUACUUUCAACAGCAGCAAAAUCCGCAUACUGAGCGUUGCANAGGCCAACAAGCGCAGCCAGAUGUGCGCUGCUAUUCCUGAAGUUAUGACCAACAUCACCAUCUUUGCCGACGAUGAUGUGAUCUGGCCCCAAACUAUACUUCCGUGGAUACUAGCUCCGUUUGAGAACGACCUGAUGGGCGGCGUUGGAACAUCCCAGCGUUUGAUGCGCCCCAGAAAAACGACCAUUUGGAGCUUCCUCGGCUCCCUCUACCUCGAACGACGCAAUUUCGAUUGCUCUGCAUGUCUCAACAUUGACGGUGGGUUGCCUUGCCUCUCAGGUAGAACAGUCGCAUACCGUACCUGUAUCCUGCAAGACGAAGCCUUCACCUAUGGCUUUACCAACGAGACGUGGAGAAACUUCCAACUGAACGCCGACGAUGAUAACUUCAUCACUCGUUGGAUGUAUUCACAUGGCUGGAAGAUCGCCAUGCAAUAUCACAAGGCUUGUGAGGUACAAACCACCCUAGAAGACAGCCCAAAGUAUCUGGNNAAACAAUGUCUUCGCUGGGUUCGAAGUAAUUGGAGGAGCAAUCUGACGAGUAUGUUCGUUGAACGACAUUAUUGGAGGUGUGUAACCAGAGUCAACCGUCGUACAAACCUUGAAUAUGAGCUCACUAUUCCCAGGUCAACGCCCUGGACAACUUAUGCAGUGUUCCAAACCACUCUGACCGCUUGGGCUUUCACGGAUUUCUUGAUAUUCUUCCUCUUUNACAAAGCCACCGAGGACUUGCCCGCAGGCACUCGGCAGAAAAUUCUGAGUGCAAUUGGCAUCUGGAUCUUUGUCUUUGCCAAGUCAAUCAAGCUCUAUGGUCACUGGAUUCGCUAUCCCGCUGAUUUGUUGAUGUUGCCUUGCUCAAUCCUGUUUGGUCAUGUGCAUGGGUUUAUCAAGCUUGCAGGACUGUUGACGCUCUCCGCGGUACGUUACUCCGUGCUUCCGUUCAGCGCUCGAUUUCAC